GUGGCAACUUCCCCUGUUGGAUUGUAGGUAUAAAAGAAAAUGACCUCAUAGGGGCGGAGCUUGGGGACUCCAGGUAGCAGUCACAGUCAGGUAACCCUGCUGUGGAGCUCUGUAGCUAGAAGGGGCAGUUAGGUGCUGAGGUGCACCCCGAGACACUCAAGCAACCCUCCGUUGCCUGCAAACCUCAGGACUUGGUCUCUUUGCCUCAGAUGGAGCCCAAAGAAGCCGCUGGGAAGGAAACCAUGGGAAGCAAGAGGAAGAACUUGACCUUCUUGAGAUCCAGGCUGUAUAUGCUGGAGAGGAGGAAGACGGAUACUGUGGUGGACAGCAGUGUUUCUGGGGACCACUCUGGCUCGUUGAGGAGGAGUCAGUCUGACAGGACAGAAUACAACCAGAAGCUACAAGAAAAGAUGACACCUCAGGCUGAGUGCUCCUCAGCAGAAACCCCAACCCCUGAGGAAGAGCAGCAAGUGGGACGGAUGAUGGCGAAACGGGCGAAGAUCAUCAGGGAGCUCAUACAGACGGAGAGGGAUUACCUCACGGAUCUGGAGCUGUGCGUUAGAGAAGUGGUCCAGCCACUGAGAAGCAAACAGAUUGACAGGCUGGACGUGGAGAGCUUGUUCAGCAACAUCGAAUCCGUGCAUCAGAUUUCAGCCAAGCUACUGUCCUUGCUGGAAGAGGCCACGACAGACGUGGAACCGGCCGUGCAAGUCAUCGGAGAGGUAUUCUUGCAGAUAAAAGGACCUCUGGAGGAUGUUUAUAAGAUCUACUGCUAUCACCAUGACGAAGCGCACAGCGUUCUAGAGUCCUACGAAAAGGAAGAGGAGCUGAAGCAACAUUUGAGCCACUGUAUCCAGUCCUUAAAAACUAUAUAUAUGCAAGAGGGCAAGCCAAACCUGCUGGACAUGGGUUCUUUGAUGAUCAAACCCAUUCAGCGAGUGAUGAAAUAUCCCCUGCUGCUGUGCGAACUCCGGAACUCGACCCCGCCCUCCCACCCAGACUACAGAGCCCUGGAGGAAGCCUUCGCUGCUGUGAAGGACAUUAAUGUCAACAUCAAUGAGCUGAAAAGAAGGAAGGACCUAGUUCUAAAAUAUAAGAAGAACGAGGAGGAGGAGUCCCUCAAAGACAAACUGUCUAGACUAAAUAUUCAUUCAAUUAGCAAGAAGUCCAAAAGAGUCACAAAUCAUCUGAAGAUCCUGACCAGAGGAGACUCACAGGUGAAAGAUAAUACCUUUAACAGAGAAGAAAAGCUUUUCAGAUCGCUCGAAAAGACUGUGAGACUUUGUGUGAGGAACAUUUCAUCCUGCCUUCAGCACAUAGAGGAAGCCGUGCCCUUCACUCUGCAGAGUGUGGCAGCGUUCCGUGAGAUUUCAUACAAGGAUGGAGAGAAAAACUGCACGGAACCCCAGAGUCAAGCUUUGAACCCCUGUCACGACUUUGCAGCUCGCUCUCAGAGACUCAUCCUGAGCCCCCUGUCUGCCUUGCUAUCCUUAUUCCCAGGGCCCCAGAAACUCAUCCAGAAACGCUACGACAAACUCCUGGACUGUAAUAGCUCCCUGCCUCGGUCAGCAACCACUGAAUCAGACUUAGCCAAGAGAGAGUAUGAGGCCCUCAAUGCCCAACUCGUGGAAGAGCUGCAGGCAUUCAACCAGGCGGCCAGGAAGAUUCUGCUGAACUGCUUGCUUAGUUUCGUCACCCUCCUCCGGGACUUGAUGCUGGUGGCUCUGCAGGCUUAUUCCACAGUCAAGACGGUGCCUCUGCCAGUCUUGGGCAUCUCAGAGAUUCAGAAUCAAGUGCUGGAAGAGGUUCACAGCUUGAAUUUUGUAAAGGACAACAGUGCCACCUUUAUUGAGAGGAAACUUAGCUUUGAAAAGAAGAAGCCCACACAGGUUCUGCCAGAAGUGCCACAUCAAACUGAUGUUCACCGCUCCAAACUUCUGUCCACAUAUGGAGCAGAGGAACUCUACCGAGCUAAGCGCAAGUGUAAUGCCACACAAGAACAUGACAUCAAUCUUCUAGAAGGGGAGUUGGUAGCUGUUUUGGAGCAGAAGGAUCCCCUGGGGAGUACAAGCAGGUGGUUUGUUGACACCGGAUUUGUAAAAGGCUACGUGUACUCUUCCUUCCUGAGGCCCUACAAUCCAGGGAAAGAGCAGAAGGUGGAUGCAGAGAACAGAUUCUGUGACGACGAUUUCGAGAACAUCAGUCUCUUUGUGUCUUGCCGGCCGGCCAGUGACAGUGUCAGCAUAAGCGACAGCAGCUCAUCUCUUAGUGGCUCUUGCGGGAAGUUUGAAACAAAUGGUGCCGAUGCGGAUAAUUUUCAAGAGGUAGAUGAACAGGUCUUCUAUGCAGUCCAUGCCUUUCAAGCACGGAGCGACCAUGAACUCAGCCUUCAGGAGUACCAGAGAGUCCAUAUACUUAGGUUCUGUGAUCUAAGUGGGAAUAAAGAGUGGUGGUUAGCUGAAACUCAAGGUCAGAAAGGGUAUGUGCCAGCUAACUACCUUGGGAGGAUGACGUAUGCCUAAGGAAAUGAGCGACAUUUCCCCAGCAAGUUGCUUAUUGACUACCUCAUGAAACAGACAACGAAACUUCAAACCCGAAAGCAAGAGACCUCAGAACUGCAUGAACAGCAUACCACGUUUUGAGGACAAUCUUGCUUCCUAAUAGGACAGCUUCACCGAUAUAUAAAGAAUAAUGGUUGACAGAAAUACUACCAACAAAAAUAGCAGGGUAAAACAGCCUAGGCUCUGACUAUAUUUAUAAAGGCAGAGAUCUUUUGAGAAGAUAUAUUUUCAGUGAUCAUCACUGAAGAGUGGAUCUAAGAGUAAGGUUUUUCCACUUUAUCGUAAUUUUUUUCUGUACUUUACUUCAAACAUAUUGUUUUUCACAUUUCUUAUUUGUACAUGUACAUGAUUACAUGCACACAUAAUAUACUUGGCAGUUUAUACAGAAUGAGCACAAUACAGAUUAUGCACGCAUGUAUAAGUCACAGAAUAAACUAAUUACACAGAAAAAUAACAGGCAAUUAGAAGUCUUUAAUAUAGGGCUCCAUUUUAAAUGCAUCUUUAAUUAAAGGGAAACUAUAAGGUAUUAGUAAUAUUAAAAACUUACUCAAUGUGUACUCCAUGAUGCCCCUUGCUUUAAAUGAUUUCUAUGUCAUGAUUUAAUGCAGCAUAGAGAGUAAACACUGCUAGCAAAGGU